AUGUCAUUCGUCAAGGGAAACGAGUUUCAUGCCAUUAACUCUUACUUCAUUGGGCCUAAAGCUGCAAACCUGCCUGAUUUCAGGGCUAAUGUCAAUAUUGUCCUUGGCGAACUGCUCGAAACCAGGCAGCGCUAUUUUCCGAAUGAUGCUGAUUACCCUCCGAAGGGAGUCCGAGAAUCGCUCCCCUUCCAACAAGUCAGAGACAACUUCAGCAAUGCAAUUCAACAAGUAGCACGUAUGCUAGGGGAUCGCUCCAUACCGUUCUGGUCACCUCGAUAUGAGGCCCAUGUGUGCGCCGACUUGACUAUGCCCUCCAUGUUGGGAUAUUUUAUGACUAUGCUGUAUAACCCCAACAAUGUUGCCCUCGAGACUAGUCCAUGUACAACUGUGGCAGAACAGAGAGCGGGCAAGCAACUCAGUGAAUUGUUUGGAUACAACACCGACGAACGAAAGAAGAACUUACCACUGGCAUGGGGCCAUCUUACUGCAGACGGUACUAUAGCCAAUCUUGAAUCUAUUUGGGUAGCUCGAAACCUCAAGUUUUAUCCAUUGUCUCUGUUUCAAGCAGUAAAGGAAGGGAAACUAAAAUUCAUUGCCGAUACAUUUGAAGUAGAGAACUGCAAAGGGGAUCUUCGAUUGUUCAAAGACAUGAGCACCUGGGAGCUGCUUAAUCUACGACCGGAGACUAUCCUUGAGCUGCCCGAGGCCUUGAAACAGCAGUUCAACAUAUCGGAUCAAUUUCUUGAAGAAGCGCUGAAGGAAUACAGUAUACAGACAGCAGGUAAGGAUGCAUUGGAGAAAUAUCAUGGAAUUGACAAACCAGCGCAAUACAUGAUCGGCAAAACUCACCAUUACUCCUGGCCAAAGGGAGCCGCUUUAAUGGGGCUCGGAUCUGGAAAUAUGACUGAAAUUGACGUCGAUUUGGAUGCCUGCAUCGAUACAACUCUUCUUCAAGAGAAGCUCCACGAGUGUGCUAGAGAGGGCCAAGGUGUCUAUGCCGUUGUCGCCAUUGUCGGCUCAACAGAAGAAGGUGCUGUGGAGAGGCUCAGUGAGAUUUUAGAAUUGCGGAAGAAGUUCCAAAAGGAUUAUGGCCUGUCGUUCCUGGUUCAUGCUGAUGCGGCGUGGGGCGGUUACUUUGCUACAAUGUUGGAACGAGAUAUGACAAUAGGCCUCAAUCCGGGCGGUUAUGGAAUGCUGCUUGGUGAAGCAGCAUUUACUAGUGCUAGGCUAUCUGCCUACUGGGCAACAAUCGAGACUGAGGAUUUUAUUUGUGUCCCAUUCAAUAGGCUGGGUCCCGAGAGAAUGGGAUACGGCUUUCGGUCUAAGGAGGUCGAGGAAGAAAAGCAAUGGUUUCGGGAUAAUGUUCUCGAGAAGGAAAAUAAAGACAUAACAGCUGAAGCAAUGGACAGGCUUCGUGAAUUGGGAUCGGAUCUCAAUAUCAACGCAUUUGCACUGAAUUGGAAACAUAAGGGAAGCAGAUCUCAGAACGGACAAUUGCAGGAAGGAGAACUUAACCGUAAUAUGGAGGAAGCGAACUACUUAAUGAAGAGAGUGGUGGAAAAGUUCUCAGUGACAACCGGCGAGACCAACAAAACCGACAUCCCCUUGUUUUUAACCUCUACAAAAUUCAAACCAGAACUCUAUGGGAAAUGUGCACAGGUUUUCAUGGACAGACUAGGUCUUGAUCGGUCGCAUCAGGACUUAUUUGUACUACGAAAUGUGGUUAUGAGUCCUCUCCCCACUAAGAAAGACUUUAUUGCCGGACUUAUGAGGACGUUUGAGGAAGUGACCAAUGAGGAAGUGAAGUUCUGCCGUGACCGGAACAAGCGCGGGAACCGGCAGGUGCAGUUUCUUAUGCAGGGUACAGAUGAGGUGUUUCUGGUUCUGCAAGGCUCAUUCCACAUUGCACCACUACGUCAGCAGCUUAUCCUCACGGCAGAGCUAGAUUCCAACCUUCAGCAGCAUUAUGCGGAGUUGAGAAAUCGAUACCCUAGGGAUGCGAUUAUAUUGGAAUCCUUGGACGAAAUUGCGCUUGAGGACAAGGUAGAGAACCUAGCCCAUGACAGAACCCAGGAUUUCCAGGGAAGGAUUCACAGAAAGGGACAUGUUCACGAUCCUACAUACCCUCAACAAUACAUGCCAUUCUACCUCUACGGUUCUGCAAAAGAGAAGCACAUCUCCCACAUGCUCCUUCGGGCUCCCAAUAUUGCCCUCUCUGCCAGCAAUGUCGCGCUCAGUCCGGAGCUUGACCAGGCCAUUAGACCUCAUCUCCCGGAGGGUUUGAUACUCACCUUAUCAAGCAUUCCAGAGGUGUCCGUCCAACCAUGCAUGAUCAAGAACCAAGACAUACCUCCAUACUUUUUCUUCCAGCGCAAGAAACAGUUUAAGGUGACUGUUUGGAGGGAUCCCAGGAGCCCAAUAGCGGAAGGUCCUGGGUUGUUAGAGGGACUGAGAAACCCCAUUGGCAGCGGCACCAUGACGUUGGGAAACCAUGUGGACGUGGAUGCAGAGGAGGUCAAUCAUAACCCAGCUGACUGUCUGAGGAUUGACCCCACCCCAUGGCAGGAUUUUGAUCGAAUCGGGGACAUUCUCGAUGGUACUUACGACUGUCCAUGA